UAUGUUUUCUAUAAUUAUGUUUUACCAGCUCUGGCCUCCAUGUGACUGCGCUGAAAGGGAAAAUAAACCUCAUAUGUGACUGUGUCAAAAUUAAGAAUCCUCAAUAAAUCUCAAAGAAAAAAUGGAAGACAGCGCAGAGUUGGAGUCGAUCCUGCCUUAUCUACCGUUAGUAAUUGGAUCUUCGAGGCGACUGUUAUGGCCAUCGAAAGUGGUUGAGGCUCUGGAGGCGAUGUCCAGAGGUCCUGAUCACAGCCGAGUCAACUGUGGCGAAGUCCUCUCCAUCGCCAUUUCCGACAUGAGAGCUUCUCUUUCCCUCGCUGACCCUCUCGCUCUCUCUGCCCCCCUAGGCUAUGCCCUCUUCUUUGAUGAGCUCAUGUCCGGGGCCGACUCCAGAAAAUGGUUUGCGGAAGAUAUUCCAAAAUUAGCCAAUCUGCUAUUGCGGUUGCCUUCCCUUUUAGAGGUUCACUAUCAGAACUCGCGGGCUUAUGGAUACGGUCUCCGCAUCUUGGGCCCGCAGCAACCUGGCAUGGUGCUUCUCUCCCAGGAGUUGAUUGGCGCUCUACUUGCAUGCUCUUUAUUUUGUUUGUUUCCAAUCUCUAAUAGAGGUCUUAAACAUCUGCCAACCAUCAACUUUGAUCAAUUGUUUGCGAGUCUCUAUGACAGUUACAGUGAGAGCCAAGAAAACAAAGUGAGGUGCAUUAUCUGCUAUUUCCAAAGGAUAUGUUUGCAAAUGCCGACAGGAUCUGUCUCAUUUGAGCGCAAGCUUCUCUCUUUAGAACAUCAUCCUUGGCAAUCAUUCCUCUCUUAUCCGUAUGCUGAUUUUUGGACCAAAUCAACUAUCCGCCUCUGCCCUUUUCAGGUCCACAGCUCAGGCUUGAUAGAAGAUCACGCUAUUGAGGCUCUUGAAGUGGAUUUUGCUAAUAAAUAUCUUGGUGGUGGUGCUUUACAUAGGGGCUGUGUGCAGGAAGAAAUUCGUUUCAUGAUCAAUCCUGAAUUGAUUGCUGGCAUGCUUUUCUUGCCUUCCAUGGCAGACAAUGAAGCUAUAGAAAUUGUUGGAGCAGAGAGGUUCUCUGACUAUACAGGAUAUGCCUCUUCAUUUCGGUUUUCUGGUGACUAUGUGGACAAAAGGAGUGUUGACUUUCUUGGAAGACGAAAAACCAGAAUUGUUGCUAUAGAUGCUUUGUGCAGUCCAAGAAUGAAACAGUACAAACCGAAAUACCUUCUUCGGGAGACUAAUAAGGCAUUUUGUGGCUUUUUGGAUCAAUCAAAAUAUAGCCAGUACAAGAGACUAUUCAAGAUGAACUCAGUGCUGGUCAGUUUGAUCAAAGAUAAUAAACAUGAUGGUGACAUAUCCGGGGACGAAAUUUUGUUGCAUGAUGAUCAUUACUUUUCUGUUUUACAGUUAAAUGAAGGUUCUUCUCUGCCUAUUAAAGCUAAAGGAGAAUCCAGGACAGAGGAAGUCAGAAAGUCUGAUGAGAAAAGUUGGCACUUAGAGGACUGUGAAAAUUAUAUUGGGAUAGCAACGGGAAAUUGGGGCUGUGGUGCAUUUGGAGGAGAUCCUGAAGUGAAGACCAUAAUUCAGUGGCUUGCUGCUUCUCAGGCUUUAAGACCUUUCAUUUCAUACUACACUUUUGGUCUGGAGGCACUGCAAAGUCUUGCUCAGGUGACUCAGUGGAUUAUAUUGCAGAAAUGGAAUGUUGGAGACCUUUGGAACAUUUUGAUAGAAUAUUCAUGCCAGAAAUUGAGGGGAGAAGCAGACGUUGGCUUUUUUGCUUGGCUUCUUCCUUCAUUGCCGAAAUAAUAUAAUGUAAUUUGUUAUGCUUUAAAUGAUUGAUUUUUUCUUUUCUGCUGUUUGUGAAAGUUUAGUUAUGUAUAUCUGCUGUGUGGUGCCUCCCUAGUCCCUAACUAUUUUUAGCAUGUCUUUUUGUAUUUGACUUAUGGCUCCUAUCUGUAACAUGUCUUUCAGUUCAUUCAUUGCUAGGAUGUAAAUUGUAUUCUAAGGAGCUAUUCAUCUGCACCAAUUUCAUUUACCAUCAAAGAUGUUCUUUUCUCAAAA